UGGUUGGCUUUUGCGGCUGCGCAGUUGCUGGAGCGAUGGCUGAGCUCUGGCUGGUGCUGGCCGCCAGUUUCCUCGUGGCGCUGCUGACUCUGCGGCUGCCUCGUCUGAAUCCCCCUCCCGGGAGCCCCUCGCUCAGUCUUGCGGCGGUCUUCCAGGAUCUCCUCCGCUACGGCAAGACCAAGAGCGGCUACGAGCAGCGCCCGCCCCAGCUGCAGGUCUUCGACGUGCCUAAGAGGUGGUUCUAUCACUUCUAUAUUGUGUCAGUGAUCUGGAACAGUUUCGUGCUGCUGUUGCUUCUCCAAAGCCACCUUCUGUCAAGGCCCUUCCCUAUUUGGCUUCAGGACUUCCUCAGCAUUCUUGAUGGAGUAUCGCAGGACCAAGAUGGAGGUGGUGAGUCCCUGUCUGUUUUCCUGGUUUGCCUCUUUGUCUGGUUGAACAGCUGUAGACGGCUAAAAGAGUGUCUUCACAUCAGUGUGUUCUCAGGAGGUGUCAUUCAUAUUGUACAGUACUGCUUUGGACUCUGUUACUAUGUUCUGCUGGGCUUAACUCUGUUAUGUCAAGUGCCAUCCAAUGUCCGGGAAGGGAAAGAUCACCGACUGACUGUCUGCUGGUACCACAUCCUUGGAGUCCUGAUGUUCAUUUGGGCCUCCGUUCAUCAGCAUAGAUGUCAUGUGAUUCUAGCUAAUCUUAGAAAAAAUAAAUCGGGAAAAGUACUAAAUUUGGACCACAGUAUUCCUUUCGGCGACUGGUUUGAGUUUGUGUCCUGUCCGCAUUACUUUGCCGAACUUCUGAUAUACCUGUCGAUGGCCGUCAUGUUUGGGUUUAACAAUGUAACGUGGUGGCUAGUUGUGACUUACGUGUUCUUUAACCAGGCAGUGAGUGCCGUUUUGUGCCAUGAAUAUUACCUGAGCAACUUCGAACACUAUCCAAAGUGUCGGAAAGCCUAUGUACCCUUUCUUUUUUAGGCUGUUCAUCUUAACUUGGGGGGGAAUGGAAAUCUGUUUCUGGGUGUCAAGAGGCUGUUAUAAGCAGAGGAUUUGACUAAAACUGAAUUGAUGCAGAUCAGUCUGAAAUCCUUUUACCUCUUAGUUUUUAGAAUGAACUGCUGUGGUAUAUGGAAACAACCAGUUUAUGAAUACUCAAAAGGAAGUAACAUUGAGUUCAAAGUGGCUUACUUUCAGGUAAGCUCAUUGAACACAGCAGAACUUACUUCUGAGUAUGCCAAGAUCAUACUGUGAACAAAGAGAUUCUGUGUGUGUCCUUCUCCCCCACCAAAUGCUCAAACCUGAAGCCAUAUUUGUUACAUAUGGCCUUAUUGAGAAGGAAUUAUUUACAUAGUAAGAGUAAAGGGGGUACUAUUGCUCAUGUAUUUAUUUUUCUGCACUUGUUCUGUACAGCAUGCAGAACUGAAAGAAACUGCUGCCCUUCAGUCCGAUUCACGUAUGCAUGCACAUCAUUUGAAUAAUGAAAUGAUGAAAAAUCAUUUUAAUGGCCAUUGCGUCUGUGAAUGGACUCUUUUGAAACACAGUGCUAAUAGUUACUUGGAACAAUUACCAUGCAUGUGUAAAUUGGCUGUUCUUAUUUCUACACUUGAAAAUUAUACUACCUUUCAUUUUGAGAUCAGAGUUUGAAUAUUUAGAAGCAGAAAUCUCGACCGCAGCUUCCUAUUCUGUAAAGCUUGAAGGCAAGGCACAACCUGGAAAAUUAAAUAACUCUGUUGCUGUCAUUCCUUUAUAAGAAAAUUGUAUGCGAGAACUGCUUCCUGUGGUAUAGAGAAUAACAUUGUCGUGUUUCUCACAAACGCCUAUGCUUAAAUGGAGACUUUGCACUGUGUGAACCAUUCUAGAUAAGCGCAUAGGUGUUCAGAAUAAUGCAAGUCUAGAAAAUGUAGUUGCACGUCUUUGGUUUUGAUCCAAAACUAAGGAUACCACAGCCACGUGAUGCAACAGUUUUCGGGGCCAGGCUUCCUGCCCCAAUGCAACUUUGCAAGUUACAGCACCGGAAGAUCACUGCAGACCCAUGGCCAUGCACAGUUAUUUCCUAAGAAUGUAAGGAUUAGAAAUUCUGAAUUAAAAAAA